AUGUUGCGUAGCAGACUGCUACAUACUACGGUCAAAGCAUUCGCUCAGGGACAUGGUGAGAAGAGUCCUCUUCAUGUAUUUGAUCGACAUGUGAAAUGGCUCCAAAAGGAAAGAGCAUCAGUCUCCAAAGAGAGUAAUUUGACUGAGUAUCUUCGAGACGAAAUAGCCAGAAGAAUGGUGGAGCGUAUGGCUUUUCUUACUACGCCAUUUGAAGAUGUGUUGGAUUACAGUUGUCAUGGCGGUAAUAUUGAAAAAGCCAUCUGUACCACCAAAUGGGAUAAGAAGAUUGAAAGACACAAAGAGGACAGAGAACAUGUUAAAUCCAAGAUGGGAAAGAUUACUAUGGUUGAUUCUUCUCCGGGAAUGCUCUACAAAUUCUCAGAUGAUCAAUUCAAUAGGGAGCUAAAUAUCAAGCGGGUUGUUGCGGAUGAAGAAUCCUUCGCUGAUUCUGUAUUGAGAAAGGAAGAUCAGUAUGAUCUUGUCGUUUCCAACUUAUCAAUGCACUGGAUCAACGAUCUACCUGGAGUGUUUGCCAAACUUUACCAUUGUAUUAAACCCGAUAGAUGUUUUAUAGGAACCAUGUUUGGAGGAGAUACUCUAUUUGAACUUCGUGCUUCUCUGCAGUUGGCCGAGAUGGAAAGAUAUGGAGGUUUAUCGCCAAGAGUUUCUCCAUUUGUUGAAUCUUCUGAUGUUGGUGAUUUGAUGCAAAAAGCUGGCUUCCAGAUGUUGACGGUUGAUGUUCAGGAUAUUGUGGUAGAAUAUCCAAGUGUAACAGCAUUGAUGAGGGACUUACAAUUGAUGGGAGAUUCAAACGCUAUCAUGAGUACUCCUCCUCCAUUAACUAAAGACCUCCUGAUUGCCAUUGAAUCGAUAUACACAUCCCUUUAUGGAGACAAGAAAACUGGUCAUUUACCUGCCACCUUCAGAAUUGUCGACAUGAUUGGCUGGAAACCUGGUGAAAAACUAUCUCAACCUGUUGCCAGAGGAAGUGCCAACGUCAACCUUAAAGAUGCAUUGGGUAAGCCUGACAAUAAGUAA